AAGACCACAUAGUGCAACUCGUGACAAAAUGAUUCAAACACUAAUAGAACAAGAAGCCUUGCGGUCUAUGGUUACUAGAUAAUGUACACUGCUAGGAAAAUAGCUCCAUUUACCAUCAAACACUACUCCCUUCAAUGGGUCCAAAGCCACUCUACCUGGACAAAGAUACCCUAUACCAACCUAUCCAAAGGAGCCAAAGGGCCUGCCAUAUUAGCCACAAACGUCAUCAAGUCCUUCUUUGAGAAGGGCUUGAUUAACGAUGCACGUGUGCUGUUCGAUGAAAUGCCUGAUAGAGACGUGGUUAUGUGGACGGCCAUGAUUGCUGGCUACACUUCAUGCGACCAUCAAGUCCAUGCCUGGACUGUGUUUUGCGAGAUGGUAAAUAAUGGGGUGAAACCCAAUGCUUUUACCUUAUCUAGUGUGUUGAAGGCUUGCAAAUCCAUGCAAUGUCUUGCCUGUGGAGGUUUGGUUCAUGGGGUGGCUGUAAAGCAUGGCUUGGAGGGUUCUUUGUACGUUGAUAAUGCACUUAUGGACAUGUAUGCUACGUGUUGUGUUAGCAUGGAGGAUGCAUGCUCGGUUUUUAGAGAUAUGAAGGAGAAAAAUAUGGUCACUUGGACUACUUUGAUCACUGGAUACACUCAUAGAGGUGAUGGCUAUGGUGGACUUCAAGUCUUCAGAGAAAUGCUACUGGAGGAAGCAGAGUUGAAUCCCCAUAGUUUUUCAAUUGCGGUUAGAGCUUGUGCUACAAUAGGCUCACAUACUUUUGGCAGGCAAAUACAUGCAGCCAUCAUUAAAAACGGGCUUGGUUCUAAUCUUCCUGUCAUGAAUUCUAUACUAGACAUGUAUUGUAGGUGUGGUUUUUUAUCUGAGGCAAAUGAAUACUUCCGUGAGAUGACUGAAAAAAAUUUGAUCACAUGGAACACCUUGAUUGCUGGUUAUGAAAGACAAGAUUCUAAAGAGUCCUUGAAUGUAUUCUCACAAAUGGAAUCAGAGGGUUUUAGUCCAAAUAGCUUCACAUUUACCAGUAUUACUGCUGCCUGUGCAAAUUUAGCAGUUUUAAAUUGCGGGCAACAGGUUCAUGGAGGCAUUGUUCGCAGAGGUCUCCAAGGGAACUUGGUGCUGGCUAAUGCCCUAAUUGACAUGUAUGCCAAGUGUGGAAGCAUAGCUGACUCACGCAAAAUUUUUAGUGAAAUGUCUGAAAGAAAUUUGGUCUCUUGGACUUCUAUGAUGAUUGGUUAUGGGGCACAUGGAUACGGGAAACAGGCUGUUGAGUUGUUUGAUGAGAUGGUCAGGUCUGGAAUUAGACCUGACAGGAUAGUUUUUAUGGCAGUUCUGAGUGCUUGCAGCCAUGCCGGACUUGUAGAUGAAGGCUUGAGGUGUUUUGAAUCAAUGAGUAAUUAUAACAUUACCCCUAAUCAGGAGAUUUAUGGGUGUGUUGUCGAUUUGCUAGGCCGUGCUGGGAGAGUUGAGGAGGCUUAUCAACUGAUCGGGAGCAUGCCAUUUAAGCCUGAUGAAUCUGUUUGGGGUGCACUUCUUGGUGCUUGUAAGGCACAUAAGCUCCCAAAUUUGGGCAAAUUAGCAGCUUUGAAGGUAUUGGAUUUGAGGCCAAAUAAGGUGGGGGCUUAUGUGAUGUUGUCAAACAUCUAUGCUGCUGAGGGCAAGUGGGGGGAAUUUGCAAGAAUGAGAAAGCUGAUGAGAAGGACAGGGAGUAGAAAAGAGGCAGGGAGGAGCUGGAUUGAGGUAAGAAAUCAGGUUUACAGCUUUGUUGUUGGUGAUAAGGUUGGGUCUCGCACAGAGUGGGUGUAUGAGGUUUUAGAGUUGCUGAUUGUACAUAUGAAAGAAGCUGGAUAUAUGCCUGAUUUAGAUUGUUUGAUUCAUGAUCCUGAAGAUGGGACUUGAAGAGCAGUAGAAGAGCUUGUUAUCCUGAAUGAUUAUCUGGUUCUAUGUGAAUACCCCUAUGUUGGGUAGAAUUGUAAGCUUUGAAAAUUUUCCUUUGCAGCAGGAUUCUUUCUGGAGAAGAGGGCCAUUUGUGCUGAGCUUAAAUCCAGGAAAGAGAAGGAAACCAAGAAACUACUGCUGAAAGAAAGGAGACUGAACCACAACUGGCUUGGAAACUGAAUUGGAGACCAAAAUUUUGUACUCCCUUGGAACCAUUUUUUCAACAAAUUGCUAAGGAAAUAGUGAUUCAUCUUGUACCAAUACUAUCUGGAAGAAAUAUAUGAUCUUCCAUUUUGAUUCAAUAAUGGAUUCUGAUUCCAUCAAGUGCAAAUUUUUACUUGAUGAACA